AAAUUGCAGCAAAGGGGAAAAACAGUCGGGUAUCGCUCAUUAUCGGCCCCUACCGGGAAAAAAAGAGGAGACGACCUGAGGACUGGAGACGACCGAGCGCACACGCCAACCCCGGGCCGCUUUCAUACCUUGCGCCUUGCCAAACACACCACGCAAGGACGGGAAGGGCUCGAUAGUUCACAGCCCGCCUGCAUGCAACAGCCCAUCAUUGUACAAUUCUGAGCUGAGGGGUCUUGGGGUACAGCAAUCAGAUCCGGCAUCAGCCAGCAUUCCCGAAUACCAGCAUCCGGCGGCCGCACUUGCCAGUGUGCAUCCAAAGCAAAAUGGCCGAUCCCGAUGCUGACUCGCCCGGCCUGUUCCAAGGAGGUCUGGACAACUUCGACAUCAGCACCCCGUUGCAGCUGAGCGAGCCCACGCUCGCACACCACGGCUCCCUGAACGGUCACAACGUUAACGACGCCGUCACUUCCCCCGAUCCCACCUCCCAAAGAGGAACCUCCAUACCCUCCUCCCUGGCCGACACAUCGAGAGCCUCAACCGGUGGGCCGACUCAGCAGCAUCAUGAUCCCAACAACUCCCCCCCGAUAGGCCACCACCAGCAUCCCAAUGCCUUCAAUGGUAACGGCAUCAGCCCUCAGCAGCAGUACCAACAACAACAGCAGCAGCAGGCCUUCGACUUCAAUCAAGACAACAUCUCCAACUGGGCCCUUGGGGACUCUCCUCCGUUUGAUCCCGGCCCCGACUUCAACUUUGGCCCUGUGCCGCACGGUCUGCCCAUCCCUCAGAGCUGGGACCUCCCCGUCCACUUUGGCCUCCCACAACAGGGACAGCAGCAACAACAAGGCCAAUUCUAUCCCGAUACGACCGGUGCUGGCAUCGACCCCGGCAUCUAUGCCGCUGCCCUUUCCAUUCCGUCGCCUCAGCAACAAUCGGCCGAACCCAUCUCCGUCCGCACCAACAUCAACCCCAACAUCCGCAACAGGCUGACUCCAGCCCAGCAAGAGAGGCUCAAGACCAUCGCCAUGCCGCCUCACCUCCAAUACCACUCGCCCAGGAGCGCCGGCAGCCCCGACUCCAAUGCCAGCAUGGGCCACGACAAGGGCUCCGCCUCAUCACCAGACGGCCUGGAGCCAUCGAAGCCAAAUAGUAGGAAACGAAAGUCCUCGGCCGAAGUCGACGAGGAUGACGAUGACGAUGAUUUGGAUGGACAUCAGCCUGUAAAGAAGACGGCGCAUAACAUGAUUGAGAAGAGGUAUAGGACAAAUCUGAAUGACAAGAUAGCAGCGUUGAGAGAUAGCGUGCCUGCUUUGAGAAUCAUGUCAAAGAGUGCUAGGGGAGAAGAUACAACGGAAGAUAGGGAGGAACUUCAUGGAUUGACUCCAGCUCACAAGUUAAAUAAAGCUACGGUUUUGAGCAAAGCGACGGAAUACAUCCGACAUUUGGAGAAGCGGAAUAACCGGUUGAUUGAGGAGAACAACAGCAUGCAGGCCCGCAUUGCCGCAUUCGAGAAGCUAUUCAUGGCCGGUGCAAUGACCGGCAUGACCAACCCUAUGCAAGCUCCGCCUACGCCAAUUCAGUACCCUCAGGACGUCUCAGCGUUCAUGAGCACCCCGAUGCACACGCCUCGGGGUCCGGAUCCUCCGGGCUUAAUCCCGAUACCGGACGACAUGAAGCGCAUCUUGUCGGCUCAACAGAUGAACGCUGGACGACCGUACCCAGUGGGCCCGCCGGCCAUGCAGCCGGGAUUCGUGCCAAAUCCGGGCGUCAUUCGCAGACAACAAAUACAACAACAACAGCAGCAACACCAGAUGCAGGGGCGGUGGAAUCCUUAUCUCGGCAAGAUGAUGGUUGGUUCGCUGGCCGGACUGAUGCUCGUCGAGGCUUUCAUGGAGGACGAAACCAGCAACGAAACCACCGAGGGACGUGGUCUCUACGCUCUGCCGCUACGGCUUAUUGGAUCCUUCAUUCGCUCAUCGCAUCUCAGUGUCGGUGGCUAUUACAUCUCGGCCAUUGAAAUUAUGGCCAAGCUCAAGCUUCUUUUGCUUGGCGCUCUUCUCGUAUGGGCGCUCUUUCCCGACAACGUUUUCGACGCGCCCAAGUCGGAGAAGCCAAAAGGCCCCACUUCGGCGGUGGAGGCCGUGCCCUCGCUCGCCUCGCCAAUUCAUGUCAGGAGACAGGCCUGGCUCACGGCUAUCCAAACCGUCUGGGUACCACGACACAACUUUUUGCUCGAAGCUGCUGCCUUGUUACUCAAGACGCUCAAGUUCACUCUUCGCAAUGUGUUUGGUGCACGGACAUAUCUGUGGAUGACGGGACUUAGUGAGGAACAGGAGGCUGCUCGUGUUAAGGCCUGGACCAUUGCAUUGGAUGCCCAGCUUGCCGGCGGUGAUGUCGAGAUCAAUAGGAGCCGUCUCACUCUCACGCUGCUCGCUUCGGGCACCCUCCCGGACACUCCCCUUCGCUUGAUGCUCAAGGCACUUCACACUCGUGUUCUGCUCUGGCAGUUCUCCGGCAAGUUCUCGCUUGCCAACCUUCCUGCAGCGAAGAUUGCGAGGUCGAGAUGGAAUGAGGCCAGACAGCUGAACAUGAUCCUUCAGCGAACUUCUACUAACCCUGAAGAUGUCCUCCCCGAGCAUCUUGCUACUCUGUUGGAGCAGGACUGUGAUGACGUUCUCAACGAUAGCAUCGUCCAGAGAGCGCACAACCUUGCCUUCAACCGCCCCACGACCUUCAACCUGGUAGACCGAACCGACGGCAUGAACAUCGUCGUUGAAGACCCCGCCGUCCGCUCCCCCAUGGACGCCGUCGCCGCCUGGUACUCCAGCUCCAUCCUCCAGCACCUCCUCCUCUCCAGCCUCGCCAAAGCCCAAGACGGCAUCACCGAAGCGACCAAGGAAACCAUCGACGAAAUUGCCCUCGCCGUCAAGAUCGCCCCAAUUGGCUCCAACGCUUACCUGCGCGCCCUCAUCGCCCGCGCCGUCCUCGUCUCCGAAAAGCGUGGCGUCAGCAUCGCCGCCGCCCUCAAGGCCUCCGACCCCUCUCUCAACCCCGACAAGCACCCCGAAUACGGCCGCGGCGUCCCCCCGCUUAUCGACUCCCCCAUGGCCCAAAUCGUUCCCGACCACGACGCCCUCUUGGCCCUCCAGUACGCCAUGCGCAUCGCCCACCUCCAGAAGUUCUCCGACCCGCCCAAGCAGGCGAUCGACUUCAUCAACUCGAUCCUCCCCGGUGGCACGGACCAGUCUAAGCACGAGGGUAUGUCCCUCUUGGCGUGCACCGCGGCUUAUCAUCUGAUGGAGUUGCUGGAGCGCCACACAGUCUGCAGGGAGCAGUGCUCUGGUGCGCUGGAACGCUUGGCUGGCGCGCUGAGGAUUUGGGUCGGAAGCUCGCAGGGCGAGAAGGUUGGCUUGGAUGGGAAGAUGAGGCAGAAGAUGAUUGGCAGGUGUUUGUCGAUUACCAAGUCGGUCAUGGGCAUGGAAAAUGACCCCGGGUAUGGGAGUAUGAGUGAUUGUGAGGAGAGGGAGGAAGGGGGGUGUUAGGUUUUGGUGAUCCCCUUUUGCGAUUGCUUUAAGUUGUUUUUCCACGUUAUUGGCUUAUAUCUGUCUGGGGUUAUGGUAUGGUUGAAAAUCA